GUUCAGAGCUUUUCGUCCGAGCUGCUGGCUGCUGGUAGUGUGAGCCUGAAACUUUUCCGAGUCGCAUGUCUGCUGUGCCGCAAUGAGGAGCUGUCUCGAAAGGAUAUAAUAUCUUUUUUUCUGAAGUGCUGUGGAAAGUUUUCUCCACUGUGAUAACCAUUGACGGAGCAGUGCAAAUGCGUGGCUCGAAUCGCUAGCUCGCAAGGUUUUUAAUUAAGCUAUUCACGAGAUUCAGUGACGACGACGGUGACAUUGGAAAGGGAUUAAAAGCUGUUUGCAGGAGAAGCUCAAAAUCCUUGAAAAGGAAAAAAAAGAGAGACAAAAAGUUAUUCUAUGGCAAAGUGAUUUGUGCAGCACUGUCUGUGAAGGAAUUUCCAUGAGUUUCCACUGCAUUGAAGCAGAUUGCGAUGCAGUAUUGGGGCAUCGAUGGUAAUCUUGUGAGAAGCUAGAGAUAGUGUUGAGCAAGUGUUGAAAGCAAAAGGAAAUAAAAAACAAUAUUGCGGACGAGCAAACCGUGGCAUAGUGAAGAAAAAAGGUAAGCGCAGGAAAAUCCAGCAUAUUGCCACUGGAAAAUCAAUUGUAGGGAAGAAGAAAAUUUGAUAAUUUUGACAUUCAAAGCAUCUCACCUUAGAAAUCAACUUGAGGAUUGAUAAAAAGAGAAAAAAAACGAGAGAAAACGAAAUCGGUGACAUUAGAAUAGCUUUCUAAGACUGCGAUAAGCAAAAGUUAAGAAAUCGAAAUUGAAAACUAAAUGUCGACGACAGCAGCAACCGUAGUGUGAGAUGCAGGAGUGAGGCGAAUCAAAAACUCAAAUAAAAUUAGUACAGUUUUUCUUGUUCGCCGAACUUUGCUCAGGAGGGUGAUCCCCGUCUGUAGUGAAGUCAACCAAAGCCUUCCUCUCCUUUAAUCUUGCACCCACCCACUGGCGCCGAAGGGUUGAAAACAGGAAGCAGCGGACGAAGGCUCGUCGCAGGCAGGAAUCAGAGCGAGAGUUAGAGAAGGACAGUGGAAUACUAUCUUCUGUUUGUGCUACUUAUUUUUAAAUGCUGCGGUAGAGUGGCAACACGGCUGGUAGCAGUAGCAGCAUCGUUAUCAACAUCAGCAGAAAUAAAAUUCGAAGAGCUUUGAAACGGAGUUCUAUACAAGAAAAAAAAACAUUUACUGUAGACAUCCUCCCUCUCCUCACUAGAUACACCGAGAGAGCAGCCGUAUUGUAAAACAUCAGUAGCAGCAUCCAGUCUCAUUCAGUGGUGAGUGUGGUGUAAGAAGCAAAACCGUGACUGUGUUUUCCGCUCUUCACGUCAUCUCUCGAGAUUGUGUAAGCAAAUAAAACCAGCACAGCAAGACAAAUAUAUUCUCGACCUCUGACACCGUGCCCGUGUGGUGUUUCGCUGGUUGGCACAUAAGGGAGUAGUUCACGCUAACGAAUUGAUUUCAAAGCCGAGGCAAGAGACAGAAGCACCAUCUGUCACACACCGACUGGAAAACGUCGUCACUGGAGAAGAAAAGUUAACCCCAGAAAAUUUAAGUAGAUAAUAAACCCCCCCAACUCAACUCAGUGAGUUACGUACUACAGUGAGUGAACCCGCAUAUAUACAAGUGGAACCUGUUAUUGUCUCCGGUGGUGCUCCUUAGCAAGUGGAUGUGUAGUGGCAAUUAGCGAAUUUCACACAAAAGGAGUCGGAAAACACAGCAGCCAGUUGAGUGAACCACGCAACCAGAAGAGCGGCCAGCACUUGAGAAAUUGGUGUCAUCAUCGUUAAAUGCUCCUCUCUACAGUCUUAUAGCUUUAUUUGUGAUUUCUCCAAGCCAUGGAGAUCCGAGGCCUAAUAACCCGAUUGCUAGGUCCAUGUCACAUCCGACAUCUGAUACUGUGCAGUUUGGGAAUAUACUCCAUCCUGGUGCAGUCGGUCCAUUGCCGGCAUCAUGACAUCGGUAGUUCCACGGCGCAUCAGUUAGGCUCGAAGUACUCACAGUCAUCCUCGUUAUCGUCAUCCUCGCAAUCGUCAUCAUCGUUAGUCGAAGAUCCAGUGCUGAACAAAGAUUCAGAUGCAUUUUUUACACCAUAUAUAGGUCACGGAGAUUCUGUUCGAAUUGUAGAUGCCGAAUUAGGUACCCUAGAGCGCGAACAUGUUCACAGCACUACCACGCGACGGCGUGGCUUAACGCGAAGGGAGUCUAGCUCAGAUGGUACCGACAAUGAUCCGUUGCUGAUCACCACGGAUAAAGGUAAGGUACGAGGACUCACACUCGAAGCUCCAAGUGGAAAGAAAGUAGACGCAUGGCUUGGCAUCCCAUACGCACAGCCUCCUCUGGGGCCAUUGAGAUUCCGGCAUCCCCGACCAGUCGAAAAAUGGACGGGAGUGCUGAACGCCACAACGCCACCGAACUCUUGCGUCCAGAUUGUGGACACAGUAUUUGGUGACUUUCCGGGUGCCACUAUGUGGAACCCGAAUACACCACUAUCCGAAGACUGUCUAUACAUCAACGUGGUUGUGCCGCACCCGAGACCAAAGAACUCAGCCGUUAUGCUGUGGAUAUUCGGGGGCGGAUUCUACUCUGGUACUGCUACUCUAGACGUGUACGACCAUCGCACGCUCGCAUCGGAAGAGAACGUUAUCGUAGUUUCACUGCAGUAUCGAGUGGCUAGUUUGGGAUUUUUGUUCCUAGGUACUCCGGAAGCUCCGGGAAAUGCCGGAUUAUUCGAUCAAAACUUAGCAUUGAGAUGGGUACGCGACAACAUUCACAAGUUCGGCGGAGAUCCGUCCCGGGUGACCCUGUUUGGUGAAAGUGCAGGUGCUGUCUCGGUGUCACUGCAUUUGCUUUCGGCCUUAUCCCGGGAUCUGUUCCAGAGAGCCAUUCUGCAAAGCGGAUCUCCGACUGCCCCAUGGGCUUUGGUUUCCCGCGAAGAAGCUACGCUCAGAGCUCUUCGCUUAGCCGAAGCCGUCAAUUGUCCGCACGAUGCGACAAAGCUCACUGACACCGUAGAGUGUCUCCGCACUAAAGAUCCAAACGUGCUGGUCGAUAACGAAUGGGGAACGCUAGGAAUCUGCGAGUUUCCAUUUGUACCCGUCGUUGACGGUGCAUUCCUCGACGAAACACCCCAACGUUCGCUAGCCAGUGGUAGGUUUAAGAAGACGGACAUCCUAACCGGCAGUAAUACGGAGGAAGGUUAUUACUUCAUAAUAUACUACUUGACUGAACUAUUGCGGAAAGAGGAGGGUGUCACAGUUUCACGGGAGGAGUUCUUGCAGGCCGUUAGAGAACUGAAUCCUUACGUGAACGGAGCCGCGAGGCAGGCUAUCGUGUUCGAGUACACCGACUGGACAGAACCGGAAAAUCCCAACAGCAAUCGGGAUGCAUUGGACAAAAUGGUCGGAGAUUAUCACUUCACGUGUAAUGUGAAUGAGUUUGCCCAGCGAUAUGCAGAAGAAGGCAACAAUGUGUACAUGUAUCUGUACACUCAUAGAAGCAAAGGUAACCCCUGGCCACGGUGGACCGGUGUGAUGCAUGGUGACGAGAUCAAUUAUGUGUUCGGUGAGCCUCUGAACUCUGAUCUGGGGUACAUGGAGGAUGAAAAAGACUUCAGUAGGAAGAUUAUGAGAUACUGGUCUAACUUUGCUAAAACUGGCAAUCCAAAUCCAAGUCCUCCAAAUAGUGACUUCCCAGAAUGGCCGAAACAUACAGCGCAUGGUAGACAUUAUCUAGAACUUGGGCUCAACACAACCUAUGUGGGCCGUGGCCCACGAUUGCGGCAAUGUGCGUUCUGGAAAAAAUACCUGCCGCAACUAGUAGCAGCUACCUCUAAUCUACAAGCAACUCCUGCUCCAAGCGAGCCAUGCGGAAGCAGUGCAACGCCCUAUCGACCCCUUCUAUUUUUGAUAGUCUCGCUAGUUCUAGUAACAUGUUUCAAAAUAUAAAAUUUUUAUGUUUGUUAGGCUUUAUACAAUGGUCAGUUUGAAAAUAGCUGAAUGAUGGUUGCAAAAUAACAUCAAUACUACUAUAAAUACCAAUACUAUUAAUUAAUAAAAAAUGAAAAUGGAACAAUAAAGCUAGAUUUUAUUAAAUUUGUCCAAAACUUUUUGAUCCUCAGUAAAAAAAUGCGCUCCGAUGAGUAAUUGUACAAUUCCGUUUGCGAUUUUUUUUUUUCAACAACGUUAAGUAAAACAGAGGUGAUAUCAUUGAUAUUUUACUACUCAUACAAUAAAACAAAGUAUUUCCUGUUAUAGAUUGUGAUGAAAAUUUCGCUUUAACUAUACCAGUAAAAAGUUACUUAAGUUCAAAUAACAAGAAUUUUAUAUAAACAAAACUAAUUAAUACAACAGCUGCUAGAGACAACUAGACAUUAAAUCGAAUAACGUUAUUUUGAAAAAGAGAGUAAAAUGAUUUAUGAUACUAGCAAAAUCUCCCCUUUAUAUACUCGAGCGAUCGCAAAAAAAAUGGCAAUUGUGUAAUGAUACAAUAAACACAAGCAUCUAAUUCUAACAAUCAACCGUUUCUUUAUUGAAAUUUGAACAAAUUUUCUUAUAAAGAUACACUUACAAACAAACUCUAACGCCAUUGCUGAAAACGAACCACACAUGAAACAACCGAACGUCGAAGAAAAUGGAAUUGUAGAUGACCGUUAAAAAUGAAAAUAGGAAACAAUAGUUAAUGUUAGAUUACUUAAGCCUACAGCAGCAGAGCAUGAUGGGGAAUAACACCUUAAAAGUAAUCGAAAUGAGGAAAAACUGAACACAUAUCAUUAUAUAAUGUAACUCCGUUGUAAUCUAUUGAAAGAACGUGAAAAACAAAAGAAAUCACCCAAGUGUAGUUAAAUAUUUCUAUACAAUUUAUGGUGGCCAAUUUUAAUAUGAUUAAAAAAGAAACAGCAGAAGCGCAAAACAAGAGGAAAAAGAUGCCCAAACAACUAAAAUGAGAUAACAAAUAUAAAGUGAAUUAGGAAAACCUGCUGUUUACCGAAUUCCUUUUAGCUGCUAGAUUAGAAGAUUUUGAAAAUCUUCUACACAAUAUUAAGACUAAGAAUAAAGUAGAAUCCACUAAUUAGAAAUGAAAGCAAAUCGUAAGAAGUAAAAGAAUCUAGAAAACAAAAAUAAAUAUUUAACAACAAAAAAUCAAUGCGACUGUGUUUAGGCUGCGACGUUUGGAUGUAAAAUUUCUUUGCUAGUUGCACCCAUCCUCAUAAAACACUAGUAUUUAGAACGACUACAAAGUAAAAAUGAGCGAUUCGCAAAAUACAAAACGGUAUUGCCCUUAGUUACCCCAAAGUGUGAAACUCUGCCCAGGAAAAAUAAAACUAUGAAAAAAAACCAUUGUGAUGAUU